AUGUCCAAAGAAAACAACGUGAGUUUAAUCUCCAAGGCUUUAGAAAAUGGAGCUGCACAAUAUAUUGCAAAACCCUUUUGUGCAGAAGAUUUCAAAGAUAUUUGGAAAUAUGUUUUGGAUGCAAAAAAAGAGAAACUUUUUGUUGAGAGUUUAUUUGUAAAAACUGAAGACAAAGAGACAUUGAGUCAUGAUACUAAGAGAAAAAAGAAGGGUUGCAAGAGAAAGUGUAUAGAUGAAUAUCAAGGAGAAGAAGAACCUCAAGUUGUUAAGAAACCAAAACUUGUUUGGACAACUUAUCUCCACAAUCUAUUUCUCCUUGCCGUUAAGCAAAUUGGAUUGGAAAAGGCUGUACCAAAGAAAAUUUUAGAUAUUAUGAAUAUUCCAAACUUAACAAGAGAAAAUGUAGCCAGCCAUCUACAGAAGUAUAGAAUAUUUCUACACGAUGUGGCUGAGAAAGGAAUGGUUGGAGGAAUAUCUCAUAGAGCUCUAAGGUCAAGAUUUGCAUCAAGUUUACCAAUGUCAUUGGUAAAAGAAUUUCAAACCAUAAGAACGAAUAAACUUCGUACAUCGACACCUGAAUAUUUACAAUCAUUAUCAUAUCGUGGAAGAGAUGAAAACAUUGCUCUUAAUCCUUACAACCAAUUUCCAACACAUCGCUUUGAUCAGUUCCCUUAUGUACAAAAAAGGCUAACUCUUCAAGAUUCGGACAAAGUUAGAUUUGGAAAAUCGAAAUUAGAAACCGAUUUUGUGAACUAUAAUGUCCAUGGUCAAAACAUGUUUGGAGUAAACCCUUCAAGCCUUUCAUUGUUUCAUGCAAAAAACUUAUUCAAUGAUGGUGCUUCAACUAGUUUUUCAUCAUAUGGAAGUGGACAAGGAUUUAGGCCUUAUUCUUCAUCUUUCAUGACAAGGGAUUUGACAUUUGGUGACAUUAGUUACCAAAAUCAUGGUUUUAUGGGAAAUGACUCUUUUAAUCAUAUCAAUCAUGGUGUGAAAAAUCAAAACUUGGCAUCUUUGAGUCUAAGUUCUAAUAUUUUGCCUCAAAAUGUUGCUUAUGAUCCAAGAAACAACAAAAACCCUUUUGGAAUUCAAAUCAACAAUGGAUUAGAAACGGUUGGAACUGAAACUAUGAAUAUAAGAGGGUUUAGUAGUGUUGGAAAUAGGGUUGAUACUACAAAUAACAAUAGUUUUGGCUUGAAUAAUAACAUUCAAAAUAAAAAUAUUGUGGAAAAUGAGAAGAAAUAUAAUGGUUCUACUUUCAUCAAUAAGAAGAGAGACUUCAACCAAGUGGUUCUUCUUAAUAAGCUAUAUAAAGGUGAUUGUAUCUCUCCUCCAGCUGAAACCACAUCUUGUGUGUUGAACGAGUCAUCAAUAAAUUCAGAUCAAAAUUCUAAUAAGUUGCAAGUACAAGGAUGUUCAAAUGGAGAACCAUAUGGUAGAUUCAUUGAAGAAAAUGUGUCUAAAACAAGUACCUCGACUAUUGAUCCUGAAUUGAAUAUGGAUCUUAUAGAAACUUUGUUUGGUACUAUAGAAAACUAG